GUCCUCUUGGGCUGGGGCGCUCCCGAUUCCGCGGUGUCCUUGCUUUUCGGUCCCCGACGGAGGGCAGCCUAGCGGUGACGCGGGUUUCCCAGCCGGCAGUUUUAGGACGCGGCACCCGGAAGUGGCGGCUGGAGCGGGAGCGCUGAGUUGUCGGGCGGCGGGACAGCGGCCCGGAAUAGGGGGCGGGGGCGUUGGUCAUGUUUCCCUUCGGGCCCCACAGCCCGGGCGGGGACGGGGCGGCUGGAGCUGAGGAGCCGCCGCCUCUCGGAGGGCCGGCGGCAGCUUCCAGACCGCCCUCUCCAGCUCGGCGGCCGGCGCCUCCACAGCAGGGAGCUGACGCGGCCCCUCCCCCGCCGGCAGCCCGGAGCCCUCGCCUCCCCGGCGGCCCCGCACUGUCCCCGGGCGAGCGCGCCGGAGAGCUCGCGGGCCCCGGAGCUCUGGAGCUGUCGGCUGCUGCAGCGCAGCCAGAGCUGUCACCGUCCUGCUCGCCGCGCAGGCGCUCGAGGCCAGACGGCAGGGCCGGCAGCCGGAGCCGGCAGGGCCUCGGCGCGGGCCUGGGCGGCCCCGGCGCCAGACUGUUCGGGUGGCUGAGAGAGCGAAGCCUCGGCCGCGGGCUGUUCGUGGACCCGGCGCGGGACAACUUCCGCACGAUGACUAACCUGUAUGGCUCCAUCCACCCCGCAGACUCCGUGUACCUCAGCACCCGCACCCACGGUGCUGUCUUCAACCUCGAGUAUUCGCCCGACGGGUCAGUGCUGACAGUUGCCUGUGAACAGACUGAAGUCCUGCUUUUUGACCCUAUUUCUUCAAAGCACAUAAAAACCCUUUCUGAAGCGCACGAAGACUGUGUGAAUAAUAUCAGAUUUCUUGAUAACCGGCUAUUUGCUACCUGCUCUGAUGAUACUACAAUAGCACUGUGGGAUCUGAGAAAAUUGAACACCAAAGUAUGCACUUUACAUGGUCACACUAGCUGGGUGAAGAACAUCGAAUAUGAUACUAAUACAAGACUCUUAGUAACAUCAGGAUUUGAUGGAAAUGUCAUUAUUUGGGACACUAACAGGUGCACAGAAGAUGGGUGUCCACAUAAGAAAUUCUUUCAUACGCGUUUUCUCAUGAGAAUGAGAUUAACACCAGAUUGUUCCAAAAUGUUGAUCUCAACAUCCUCUGGAUAUCUCUUGAUUUUGCACGAUCUGGACUUAACUAAGUCUUUAGAAGUAGGCAGCUAUCCCAUUUUGAGAGCAAGAAGAACUACUUCAAAUUCAGAUCUGACCACUUCAUCAAGCUCUUCUGGUUCUAGAGUUUCUGGUUCACCUUGUCAUCACAGUGAUGCUAACUCAUCUGAGAAACACGUGGCACGGGCCUCUCAACGAGAAGGAGUUUCACCACGAAAUAGUCUUGAAGUCUUAACCCCUGAAGUUCCUGGUGAGAGGGAUCGUGGAAACUGCAUCACAUCCUUACAGCUGCACCCCAAAGGCUGGGCCACCCUUCUUCGGUGCUCAAGCAACACUGAUGACCAGGAGUGGACUUGUGUCUACGAAUUCCAAGAAGGAGCUCCAGUGCGGCCUGUCUCACCUCGCUGUUCCCUGCGGCUGACUCAUUACAUCGAAGAAGCCAAUGUAGGCAGGGGCUACAUCAAAGAACUUUGCUUCAGCCCUGAUGGACGCAUGAUUUCUUCCCCACAUGGCUAUGGAAUUCGCUUGCUGGGAUUUGACAAACAGUGCAGUGAGCUUGUUGACUGUUUACCCAAAGAAGCCAGUCCCCUACGGGUGAUUCGAUCUCUGUACUCUCAUAACGAUGUGGUCCUGACAACAAAGUUCUCUCCAACACACUGUCAGAUUGCCUCAGGGUGCCUUAGUGGACGGGUCUCUUUGUAUCAGCCAAAGUUUUAGGCACAACUUACAUCAAAUAAGGAACUCUUCUGGUGUUUUGGCUUAUGAAUUACUUCAAUUUAGGUGAAGUAUUUUCUUUUUUAGAAGAUCUUAUAAGUUUGGGUCAAGAUCUUGGUUCUUAUGGGUUGGUGAACACACAUGUGACCUGAGUACUUGGCCAUCUGGCAUCAUCCUGGCAUCUCCGUUUCGACCAUGCAGCAUCGUCUGUCAGCAUUCCUUUGCUCCUGCUGUCUGUGCCACUGAGCUUGGGUUUUCUUGGUCAUUUUGCAUGUGGCUCUUGUUCUCUCCCCCACCCCCAUUCCACCACCCCUCCCUGCCUCCCUUCCUCUUUUUUGACUUUGGUAUGAAUUUUGCGAACAUUGACAAGAGUCGUGGUUGGGAUAAGGAAAAACCCAUGGCACUAGUCUUAAAUAAAACCCAGAAGUUGAUGUUGGCACACCAAUUGUUGAAAAAAGAAAAUUCAUCUUCAUUUAUCAGUACACUUGGCCUUUAAAGUUGCUGUCAAAUAUGGAGCACAGAUAAUGGCAUUAUUCUCAUAACUAAUACUCUUGCAACAAAAUACCUUUUUUAAAUUUCCUGUUAAAAUUACACGUUAUCUCAUGUGAGAUUUUUGUUGUGAAAUUCUAGAAAAAUAUUACAACUUCUUUGUAAUUUAUUUUACCUGUAUGAAUUUAAAAUCUCCAGCAUGUGUCUUUAUUUGGUAUUUUGUUCCUGUCAGCAGCAUUGGAAAGGAAAGGAAAAGGAAUAAGCUUGGUCACUUCUGUAGUACAGAAGAUCUGUUCAUUAGGCUGGUGCAGUGUCUGGCCGUAGAGUGAGAAGAUUAAUGUGGCUUAGAUUGGCUAUGAUUCUUUGAGUCACACAGAUGAGCUGUUCACAGUGAUGGGGUGGGAGGGAACUCUGAGAUUUUACUGUUUGUUCCUUCAGCCAGAGAUCACAAACUCAGCUCUCACCAUUAGUAAAGGAGCUGUGGUCCUCUUCAAGCUGCUGUCAUAGCCCGAUAGUCAACGACUUGAGUAGCACUUGUGUUUGGUUGUGGAAAGUAUCAGGCAAGGUGUGAACACAAGGCUCACCCUGGCCUGAAUGGGCAACUUCCUUCCGGUCUCUGCUGCAUUGAUUGGCACUGUGUUGAGAUAUGCUUGAAGCUGUCGUAAUUUAAGCCAGGCAAGUAGCCUUGCUCUCUUUGGUCACAUGCCCUUUAGGCCAGUGUUGGGAUGCAGUAUAAUCCUUGAAGGAUUUGUAAAGAAUGCAGGAAUCUGGGCCUGACCUGACCUUAGAAGACUGAGUUAAGCAGGGAAAGGACUCUAUUUGUAAUAAACAGAACCUUAAAUCAUCUGUAUCCACAUGGUUUCCAGGUCAUAGUUUGAAAACACAACCUGAAAUUGCAGUAGGUAUUUCUGUAUCCAUUUGGUGCUUAACACAGUUCCCACAAGAUAUUUUAGCUAUUUAAACAGUAAUAAUAAAUCAACAAUAGCAAUUUUAGAGUAGCAAAUAACUUGAAGUGGUAUUUAUUUAAUUGUUGAACAAAUGAAAGAAGUUAAAUGAUUUGCCUAAGGUCAUACAAAGUUAGUGGUGAAGUCAGGGCUUCAAUUCAAGUCUCAAUUCCUUGCUAAGGGCAGUUUCUACUCUAUUAUGCUGGCUGUUAAAAACAUCAGUGAUUAUGGGUAUUUUGUCUUUAGGUUAUAUUAUUGAGAAUAAGAUGAUCAGAUUGGAAAAGACAGGCAUGGAAGUAGAUGCUGAAAGUUUUAUCCAUAGCAAAAAAAUAUUUUAAUACUUACAGAAAUGUUUAAACAGCCCAAAUACAUGAGUAAAUACACAGUUCUUUCUAGUGCCUGUUAUUCACACACCUGUAAGCUUGUGUCUCACUGAGAACAAUACUAGCUCCAGGACAGUCUUUAAAAAUUAGAUCUUCUUAUCAUAGAUGUUGGAAAUUUUGUAGUCAUUGAAAAAAUAACAAAGCACAGCAAAAAUCAUAGGCUUGCUUCCAUAGGUUUGAAAAAAAAAAUUUCCCAAAGAAAAUAGUUUAGGAGGAAAAUAUUACAAUCAAAACUAUCACAAUUAAAAAACAUUAAGUAUAAAGAUGAAAUUGACAUUCAAAAGAAGAUUCCAUAAUUGUUAACAGUUUGGAAAGAGUUCUUUGUCAGACAUUAUACCCACCUGUCACCUGAGUCAAGCCAGGGAGUCUUGAAUCACUGUUUUUGAAUACCUGCUAUAUGUUAAAGAAUGUGUGUGCUUUACCACUGACCUUACAAGGUAGGUGGAAUGAGCCUCCAAUCAUGUUGAAGAUAGCAGUGGGUCAGAAAACUGAAGUGACCUGAAGUCUGAACCCACAGUGGCAGUGGGAGGCAGCUCUGGGUUCAGACCCAGGUUUGCCUCUUUAUUCUAUUGCUAAGUGUGUACUCACCCUCUACCAUUCUGCCCUAAAUUCAUGAAGGAUGGGCUACACUGGUCUGUUAGUUUGUGCUCAGUGUCUCCUGCAAAUUUUCAUUACAAGGCUGGCCUCAUUCCCUUCAGUACUGCAUACAAACAUUUUAAACACUGAUGUUUCCAUGAGACUGAAGAUCCUAACCCCAGGCAUACAUGUGGGCCAGUCCUAAGUGGAAAACUAAGCAGGGCAAGCACCCGUGAUUUUGAAAAAAAAAAUGUAGAUGAUAGUCAGCCUUGUGUGAAAGCAAAGCUACAUAGAUGAGACCUGAGAAGAGCCAGCAAAGUUAACAGGGAACCAUUGCCUCUCUGAGGUAGAGUCAGGGUCAAGAAUUAUCAAAAUUUGAGGGCCUCAGAAAACGUACACUACUGGAAAAAGUUACAUAUUACCAUCUUAAGGUCCCAUUUUAACAGUCUAAAAAUCUGGUACUUUUUACUGUUUUAUUAAGUCACUUUUAUUAUAAUUGGUAGAAGUAUAUUAUAAUUGAUAAUGAAGUUAUUACUACCAGUAAAUCUUGGUAAGUCAUGCUAGCCACAAGCUUCCUUCAGAACAUCAGUGAGUGGGAAUGAAUGCUAUGUUGAAUCACUUAGGUGCAUCAAAUACACAGAAGUUGCUUAUUUUCAAUCAGGGAAUGAAGGGCUAAAAUAAGAGACUUGUUUUUAAAAAAUGUGUGAUCAUGGGGCUGGAGAGAUGGCUCAUUG